GAUACGUGACAAAUAGUUGUAGGUUAGGUUCGCCAGGCGAACGGAACUGCCGAGUUAUGGCACUUAUGGCUACCUCUAGGUUGUUGACGACUCUACGAAGGGUCGUAUAUCACGCUCAGGAUUUCAAUAAGUAUUGCGUGACAAGUGACCUUCGGGACGUACGUCGAGCAUUUAGCAAGAAGUCCAUCCUCGAGCAGGAUGAUGCGACUGUCAAGAAGCAAAGACCGAAGACGGUACCAGUGCCAAAGAUCACGUUGUUGUCACUGAACGAUUCGAUCACUGUGACAGUGCUAGAGCAUGCUCAACGUUUGGCGAAACGUCGCAAGCUCACUCUCGUCAAGAUCAGCGACCUCGACAGUAAGACGCAACGACCGCUGUACAAGCUGAUGAAUAACUCUGUCUUCAUCGAGGAGGUCGAGAAGAAUGUCGAGAAUGAUGACAAAAACGAGCAGAAAUCCAAGGAUACUAAACUGCUCUACAUAUCUGCAAAGAUCGCUCAGAACGAUUUGUUGACGAAGACAAGAAAUGUGGUGAAAUUGUUGAAUAAGGGGCACAAGGUUAAGAUUGUCAUCACCCUGGAUGGUAUCAAUGAGGAUAAGACCCAAAGUAUUGUAGAGGAUGCAGUGAAAAAUUAUGGCAAUAUUCAACGAAUGCCAUCAAAGAAAAAUGUUGUUUUGCUCCUAAUAAAUCCCGUGUUAAAUAAGAAUAAAGACAAUUUUGUCGAUAAUAAAGAAGUGACUGGUACAAUUAAUUAAAGUAAUAAUGUGUGACAUUUAUCGUUUGAUGAAUUAAAUAAUAAUUUAUCAUAAUUGUCAGAGACAAAAGAAUAAAUUCUGUAUACAUGUAAAGAAUAAGAUAUAAUGUAUAUACUUAUGUGUUAAGUACAUUUAUAGUGAUUAACUUUAUUAUGAAUAUAUUAUAAUAGCUUUACAAAAGAAUAACAUUUUUAAAUAGUUUUUUUUUUCUGUACUAUAUCUACGAUUAUUGUCAAUGAAGAGAAUUUUAUGUUAAGAUAACUUUUCAUUAUAUCCACUAAACAAACAGCUUACUCUCUACUGAUAUGUCUACGGCGCAUUAUAUUUUAAGAUAUAGUGGUUCUCGCGAUCAUUUUAACUGAAACUAUUACAAACUUUGGUCUUACAUUGAGAUCUGCAAUGCAUAAUAAAUGCUACGAAUAUGACAAUACAUAGUACAAAUAAAUGUUAUGAUUA